AUUAAUUCACUUUGAAUUUCAUUUAGAUCUUAGAAAUUACUUUUUCUUCAAUUUAGUCAGUUUUAAAUAAAAGGUAUUCAAAAAUAUACUGUAAGAAAGGGAAUUAUAUCGUAUGGAUUUUUACCUGCAAAAAAGAUCAGUCCAUUAUAACAAAGUGCCAUAAAUAAAACAAUGGAAUAGAUGAGCAAAUACAUCGAGAUUGAUAAUUUCUUUAUAAUGCAAUGGAGGUUGCAAUGCUAAUAUUUCAAUGAAAGAUUAAAUAUAGGUUGAAAUUAAACAUCAUUGGUCAAGAUGCAAACUCUUAUUUAAUUGACCUUUUGUGAAGGUCAAGGACAGAAUAUCCAUGAGAAUUCAGAUAACAGCAAGGGCCAAAAUGUUGUUCAAGAUCGGUCUUACAGUUAUCAUUCUUGUAGCAGUUUACAUGUACUAUGCCAUUAACCUUGAGAGCAUCAAGGACACAUUUGAGGGAACAAAAGACUUGGUAGAAGACAAUGAUCUGGAGAUAUCAAAGAAUGAGCACACUGCUGAUGACACAGUCAAAGUUGAUGAUGUUAAACCUGAUGAAGGAAAAGAAAAUGACAAACGAGCGUUGCUAUGGAAACAGAGUAUCCAUAUAGCAGUGGUGUCAUGUGGUGACAGAAUGGAGGAAAGUUUGAUCAUGUUUAAGUCGGCUGUACUGUUUUCCACAUCACAUCUUGUUUUUCAUAUAUUCACUGAACCGGAACAGAGAAAAGCAUUUGAAGAUCAGCUUGACUUCUGGCCAACAAAGUAUAGAGAGAAGAUAGAUUAUCGUAUUUAUAACAUUACAUUCCCAUCUACAGAUGAGAUUAAAGCUGAUGAUUGGAGGAAAUUGUUUAAGCCAUGUGCUUGCCAAAGACUGUUCAUUCCAGAGUUACUAACGGAUGUGGAUGCAUUGAUAUAUGUGGAUACAGAUGUUCUUUUCCUCUCCCCUGUUGAUGAAAUCUGGGCGUAUUUUCACAAGUUUAACUCCACCCAGCUGGCAGCUUUAGCCAAUGAGCAUGAAGAUAAAGCUAUAGGCUGGUACAACAGAUUUGCAAGGCAUCCAUACUAUGGUGUUACAGGUGUGAACUCUGGAGUAAUGUUGAUGAAUCUCACGAGACUUCGAGCAUCGUCAUGGUUACAUUCCAUGAGUAAUUAUUACAAGGAAUAUAAACUGAAGAUUACAUGGGGAGAUCAAGAUCUCAUAAAUAUUUACUUCCAUUAUUAUCCUGAUCAGCUGUAUUUAUUUUCAUGUGAGAUGAAUUAUCGUCCUGAUCAUUGCAUGUAUAUGAGUAUUUGUAAACCAGCGGAGAAAACCGGAGCAUUUGUCUUACACGGUUGUCGUAGAGUAUGGUUCAACGAUAAACAACCAGCAUUUAAAGCAGUGUACAGUGCUUUUAAAGAUCACUAUUUGGGUGGCAGCAUAAAAUAUGAUCUCCUGAUCUCCAUUAAUAAACUCCUGAAGAAGGCAGAGACUUCUAACUGUGGAAAUAUACCUCAGCUCUUUACUAAACAGAUAGACGAGUAUAUCAUAAAGAAUUCCUAAUGUUUUGUAUAAUGUUCGUUAAAGGGACUCCACUGUGGCCCAAAUGCUUUAAAACAUAAAAUCUGUAUUUAUUACAUAGAUCAGCUGGGGCACUUUAAACAGAAAGAUAUGCAAAGGACGAUUAAGGAAUAUACUCAGAAAUAUAUUGAAAAUCAUAUUUUUAUGGUAUUCUAAGCCCCAUUUGAAAUUUUGGGUCAUUUUUCACUUUUGAAUAAUUAUUCUGAGAAAAUGGAGUGGGCAAACGAUCUGAAAUUGUGCACACAAGUUGUUGGUCUAGACCUACAUGUAAUGAAUUAUUAAUCUAGAAAAAAAUUCUAAUACUGUCAUUUCAAAAAACCUCAGUGAAGUCCCUUUAAUAUAUACCUUGGGCACAUUAUAAAUAUGAUUCCGAAUACAGUUCAUUGGUGCUUAUGAAAUGUAUGUAUACCAAAGCUGGAUAUUGAAAGUUUGUAAGCAAAAGCUCAGGACACCAUUCCGUAUUUUAAUGACACUAACUCAUAAUUUGAAGCGAAUCAAGCACUAAAAUAUCAGUAAAAUUAAAUAUUCUUGUUUAUUUUGUAUUUACCUUUGUAAUUGUUUUGUUACAAACAUGUACAUAACCAAACUUGUCUGUUCUGUUGCUAUAAUGGCAUACUAUAAGUAAUACUAAAAUUGUAUGGCUGAUAAAUUACAAAAGUUUUCUGUUUAUUCCAGGAAUUUCUUUCCUGUUAUGAAAUAUGGCCAAUUUAUAUUUGAUUUGUAACUAUGAACUGGUUGUGACCGAACUGAAGGGUUUGGUUUAAAUAUUAUUUAUUUAUGCUAGAUUGUGAAGAAAACUUGCACAUGAUUGUUGCCACUCUUCGGAGGACUACGUGAUUUUAACAUCAUAUGAGGGUAUAUGGUUGAGACCCCAUUAGGGGUUGAACAUUCAAAGGCAAAGGCACACACAUUUAUCUCUGGGGACCAAACCCCUUAUCUUAAUUUUCAGGAUUGAUAAUAAUUAAUUGUGAGAUAGUUCUUUGUUUAGAAAGAUUUCCAAGUUCACUAAUAAUUGCAUUUGUUGAAUAUGAAAACAUGCUAGAUAAUUGUUAAUAUACAUUGUAAAGAAACACAGUUUUGUAAUGACUGUAUAAACUGUAUUUCACCUAUAUCAUGAAGAGGGAGACAAAUUUGUUAACUUUUAUAAUUUUUUAAAGUCUUAUAUUUUCAUAUUUUUUUCUUAUAUA